CACUUGAAACCGUCAUAUAAAAAAUAAAACCUAAACCCACAGAAACGCAUAUAUAAAACCCACAGUUCUGUCUCCCUGUCUCUAAACAAUGCCUCUCAAUCUUUAACUCCUUCAGUUUUUUAGGUUUCAAACUCUUUUUCAAUAGUCUUUCUUCUAAACAAUGAAAACCCUGAACCGAAAACUACUCCAACUACCAAACUAUGCAUCCCUCCCCACCCAACCAAACCUCGCCACGUCAUCAUCAUCGCCACCCACAUUGCCACCUAUUCACCACCCAUUGUAUAGCUCUAUGGUUUUCACUUUGGCCGUGUUUAUAGUCGGGCUUUUGUGUAUGGGGCUCUACUCUUUCUACCUACGCCGCGUCUCAGGCGAUUUUUCCUCGUCUGAUCGUCGGGGGGCGAGGAAUUCUUCUCAGCCGUCUGAUCUUCCAAGUAGGACGAUUAAUCAGAGUGUAGGAGUGGACCCCGAGACCGUUCAGGCUUUGCCGGUGUACUCUUACCGUGGGGAGGAGAAGUACCAGAUAGAUUGCGCGAUUUGUCUGAGCGAGUUCGAGGAACACGAGGCUGUCAAGAUGAUACCUUUUUGUAAGCACGUGUUUCAUCCCGAGUGCGUCGACGCGUGGCUUUCGGGUCACGUGACCUGCCCGGUUUGCCGGUCGAGCAGGUUGUUUGAAGGGGAGGAAGGUUUGGGUGUGAAGGAGGAGAAGUGUGAUCAGGGUGUGAGUGGGUCUGAUGAAAGAAGAUUAACGGUGGGGAACCACCAUGACGUGUGUAUCGAGGUGAUGGUGGUUGUGGGGUCAUGUAAUGUGAGGAGGAAUAGUAGUUGUUCGAACUUAGCAAAUCAAGCUAUGUUGCAAAGAACUUUGAGUUUUUGAGACGUGUAAGCUUUGUAUAUCAACAAUAUACUCAUUCCUAAUUAGUUUCUUUUUUA